GCCCCCAUCGUGCUGUGGUUCAGUCGGGCCACCAGGGAGUGGAUCACGCCGGCGCGUGAGCGGAGCCUGAAGGAGCUCGGCGCGGGCAUCUCUGACCAGGACGACGGCCGCGAUGCAACCCACGUGGUGGUUGGCCGAGAGCUUCGUCGUACGAUGCGGGUCAUGUGCGCGAUCUGCCGCGGGCAGUACGUCGUUGGGGACGACUGGCUGCGCGCGAGCAUCCGCGCCAAGAGGUGGGCAGACCCGUUGGAGCACCUGCCGCGGAGCCUGAGCAGGCGCAUGGCCGGCUCCCUGGAGGGCGCGCGCGCGGGAGCGCUGGAGCCCGAGGAGGCGGUCAGAGCCGCGGUCUCGGCCGCGAUAGGGCGGGCACGAGCUCGGCCCCUCCUGGCAGGCUGCAGCGUCUACGUCUUCCCCUCCGUCCAGGCCCGCGCCGCCGUUCAGCGGUUGGUCGAGGUGGCUGGCGGCGCCAGCCUCCAGGCGCCACCGUCCGCGGAGGCCGCCGGCACCAGCGGCGAGGCGGCCAGGCCGGCGCUCUUCCUGCUGGGCACGGAGGCGGACUCGAGGGCGGCGGCCGCCAGCGGCCUGCCGCUCUUCCAGGCGGGCCUGCUGUUCGAGGCUGCCAUGUCUCAGCAGCUGAACCUGCAGAGCCCCGUGCACCGCCUGCAGGACUCAGGUGCGAAGUCCAGCGUCAUUCAGGGCAAGGUCCCGUUGGAGUGA